AUGGAGAUGCAUAGAACAAAGGAAAGUUUGGAGAAUCCGAAUGCUUCUACCUAUUGUUCUGUUAGAGGUGUGAAUCCCCUCAACACUGGUUCUGUUUCUUCUCGAGAUGUGGAACAAUCCAACGAUCAGCAUAUUUACGACUAUCUCGAUGAAAGGUCACCACAGGAGACAGUCCGAUCGUAUCGAGCGGUAAUUGCUAUCCUUCUAGUGGUACUUUCAGUCCUGCUUGCAGCACUCAUUGCGCCUACACUCUACUUUGUGGUUUUCAAGGAAGAUAAUCCAACAGCAGGUGCACAGGAAGGACAGCCACCGGUAAAUAGAACCUGGAAUGACUGGCAGACAUGGAGUGACUGUUCUGCUUCCUGGGGUAACUGUGUCAUGAUCCGAAACAGAACCUGCGACAACCCUCCUCCGUCAUUUGAUGGAAACAACUGCGAAGGCGCGGCUUCAGAAAACCAGAGUUGCAAGCUUACUAACUGCUCUGUGGACGGAAAUUGGAGUGUAUGGUUGCCGUGGAGUUCCUGUUCCGCAUCUUGUGAGAAUGGUACUAGAACCCGCAACAGAACAUGUGAUAAUCCUGUUCCAGCGUUUGGUGGUGAGGAAUGUGACGGUAUUGAUACAGAUAGUGAAGUGUGUAUGCUAAUAAACUGUCCAAUUAACGGAAAUUGGAGUGUAUGGUUGGGAUGGAGUUCCUGUGCCGCAGCUUGUGACAAUGGUACUAGGACCCGCAACAGAGCAUGUGAUAAUCCUGUUCCAGCGUUUGGUGGUGAGGAAUGUGACGGUAUUGAUACGGAUAGUGAAGUGUGUAUGAUCAUACACUGUCCAAUUAACGGUAGUUGGAGUUCCUGGCAGCCAUGGAGUGACUGUUCAACAACUUGCGGUGGUGGUAUUAAGAAUCGAACACGGGUUUGUGACAAUCCUGCUCCUGAACACAGGGGCCUGGACUGUGAUGGACAUGACUUUGAAUCGUCAUCUUGUAGUAAAGUGACCUGUCCCCCUCCUGGUGUCUGGGAAACCUGGACGGAGUGGACUGACUGUUCCGUGUCUUGUGGCGAAGGUGUGUCAAGCAGAACGAGAAUAUGUGACGACUCUGCUGGCGGUGAAUGUAUUGGGACUAAAUCAGAAACAGAAGUGUGUAAACACAGGUUCAAAUGUUACGACAGUUGGGGAGACUGGAGUGCGUGCAGCGUUACGUGUGGCAGCGGGAUACAGACUAGGAACAGGACAUGUGACAGCACAUUUACCGGACAGGAAUGCGGAUGGAAUCAUCCGACGUUCACAGACAUGCAGACUUGUGAAAACUCAAAGACCUGCCCAGAACCUUUUUGCGCAAGUAGAAAUGCGAGUUGUUCCUACAAUCAUCCAAACAGGUGUGACCUAUACAUCACGUGCGAUGAAAACAGGGUCAUGUACGAGCGUAUGUGCAACGUGUUGAUGUGGUACAAGGUCAGGGUCGACGAUGAAUGUAAAGGAGACUGUGACAGGGAGGUCAAUGUUCCAUGUUCUUUGUGAAUGACUUCUCAGCGUGAAUAUUCGUGAAUAUGUUACAGUGAACGGAGCGGUAAUAUUGUUGAAAUGACUAUUCAUUGUGAUAUGAUAUGUUUUUUUCUCUGUAAAUUGUGUUUCUGGCUAUAUUAUCUAUAACAUGACGUAUUUGCAAUACAUAUAAUGAGGACAAUAUUGAAGAGCAAUAAUACGAAACGUGUUUUUGGUGUAUGAAAACAAUGAUGAUUAUUUUAAUAGUAUAAACAUAUACUGAGGACUAUGUUGAAGGACUACUUUCUCAAAUAUUUUGCGAAAAAUAUACAAAAGGAGUAUUGUUUCAAAUUGUUCUAUUGGUUUCAAUUGUAAGUGUGACAGAGCUCGUUUUUCAUUGUUACACCAGUGAUUAAUAAAAGAUUAUUAAAGUGGCAUAAAACAUUCAACAUUAUAGCAGAUGCUCAAUUUGGUUUUAAACCUGGUUUUUCGACGAUAGAUGCUAUUUUUUUGUGCUCCAGACAAUAAUUAAUAAACCGCUGAAACAGAAGAAAAGAUUAUAUUGCUGCUUCAUUGAUUACAAAAACCCUUUUGAUUUGAUUGAAAGAAGUUGUUUAUGGUCAAACUGUUUAAACAGGGA